AUGAAUCAGACUCCUUCAACAAUUGAUAUUUCUGAAAUACUCUAGGAUGAAGAACAACAAUACCAAUCCUACAUAAGACAGGAAAGCACCAUGGAAAAGAAACUGUAGUACUCAAUUUCAGCUAAUAAUCAAAUAAAGGGCAUUCAUUUAUAGGAUAUACAUAACAAGGAAGGAUGGCUAAUGAAAAAGAGUCCCAAGUUACUUGUAGGAUGGCAAAAACGAUACGUUAAGAUUCAGGAUGGAAAAAUGUAAUAUUAUAAGGGCUUAGACAAAUUCAAGGGAUGCGUUGACUUUCAUUUGAUUUCAGUUACAAUAACUCCCAUUGUGAAGAACAACGAAAUCCAUGAAAUACGACUGGAACUGAAAGGAAUUAAAAAGAUAUUUUAAUUUAAGAGUCUGGAACGCAACGACUUAGAGGAUUGGUAUCGCUGUAUUCAAUAACACAUUCUAAUGACGUAAUUUUAUCCUAAAAUUACGCCUUUGAAUCACGAAUCCAUGUGGAGAUUCGAGAGAAUAUCUGAAACAUAUUUCAAAAAGAAGGCCGAUACUGGUGACAUUCUAUUGUUUAGGGGUCAGUCUCCAUUAAGUAAAAUCCAAAGAGCAUUCACUGGGGACAAUUUUGAUCACGUAGCCUUAUUGCUUAGAUACAACAAUGGAGAAUUGUUCUUAUUUGAAUCCAUGGGAUAAACAGGUGUUAGUCUGUUGAGCUGGGAUACUUUUAUGAGGAACAAUUGGCACACCUUGUAUUAACAAAUGGUAUAUAGAUAAUUAGAAGUAAAUAGAUCAAACGAAUUUCUUGAAAAACUAGAAUUAUUUGUUAAGGGAUCAAUCGGCAAAAGAUAUCAAAUGUCUCCAAGUAAAUUGAUUAAACGAUUUACAAAGUCAAGUGAAUCUAUCGAUGACCUUGAGAAAGAAGAUAAGACCUUCUUUUGUUCUGAACUUAUAGCAGCAGCUUAUAAGAAGAUGGGGAUCAUUGAUGCAAACAGAUGCGCUGCGUCUUAUUGGCCAGGUAUUUUUGCAUAAAAUUCUAAACUCCAAUUAACAAAGGGAUAUCUAAAGCAAGAACUACUCAUAGAUUUUUCUUUAGUUUGA